CGCCAGCAUUGAAAAUCUAUAGCACGUGUGACGUAAAUAAUAGAUUUUCAGUGAUUAUUUGUAAAUAUCGGAACGCAGCUUAAAAUGAUCAUUCCCGUGAUCUCGGCCGAUGUGUGUGUGUGCGUUUGACAGGCAGGUUAGGUGUGAAAACUUUGUUGUGAGUGAUCUAACGUCGAAUGUUCUUGGAAUCGCUUUUAAGACUUAAUUGCAAAACAAAUGGGUUUGCUCACGGAUCCCAGAGCUGGAACCGGCAAGAUCAUAAAAGUAUUGUUAAAAUGGGAAAAGCCACUGUGUUUCGUAUUAUACGUAGCGGGAGUUGCGUGGCUAAUGCUCUUGGCAUUACCGGCAUUUAACGACAAUACGUAUUUUUCUGAGAAUGCAUUACUACCCGGAUUGGUGACAAAAGAGAGUAAUCUUGAACACGCUGCAAAACAAUAUUAUUCUGAACUAAUUAAUGAAAUGAAAAGAUAUCCAGAUGGUAUGCCUUAUGCAUGGCUCGCAGCAAAGUUCAGUCAACUUCAUCUGGAUGUGUUUGUACACAAUUUCUCACUAAUUUAUCCUCUUCAAAAAGAACAAAAGUUUACAGGACAAAAUAUUUAUGGUAUUGUUAGAGCACCACGAGCAUCGAGUACAGAAGCUAUUGUGGUCACUGUGCCGUACAGACCUAUUAAUAGCAUUUAUUUGGACACUUCGCCUUCAAUAGCAUUAUUACUUGCAUUUGCCAAGUUCUGCAGAAAACAAAAAUAUUGGGCAAAAGAUAUAAUAUUUCUUAUAACGGAACAUGAGCAGUUGGGUAUGCAAGCAUGGCUUGAUGCGUAUCACGGUGUUGUUAGCGGUCAGGAAGGAAUAUUGAUAGCGGGAGAUUUAUCAGGAAGAGCAGGCUCUAUUCAAGCUGCUAUCAACUUGGAGUUUCAUGCUCCAAAAAUCGGUUCGAUUGAUGUUAAGGUAGAAGGACUGAAUGGCCAACUACCCAAUUUAGAUCUUUUUAAUCUGGCACAAAAUAUGAUAGCCAAAGAAGGAAUUCGACAGACUUUUCAACGCCGGUUUGAUGUUAAUUAUAGAGAUAAAUUUAAAAACUGGUGGUAUCAUUUUAGUACAUUGAUGAGUAUGAUAAUAACACAAUCUACUGGAGUACCAACUGGCAAUCAUGGACUUUUUCACAGAUUUGGCAUAGAAGCAGUUACGUUAGAGGGUUUUGACAAGUCUGGCAGAGAAAUGGAAGCAAAAUUUUAUCAAGUAGGACGCGUAAUAGAGAGUAUAGUACGAUCACUUAAUAAUUUAUUGGAACGUUUUCACCAAUCAUACUUCUUCUAUCUGUUGCCCUCCACCGAUCGGUAUAUUUCUAUCGGAGUAUAUAUGAGACCUUUGGUGCUCAUAAUAGCGAGUGUAUUUAUAAAAGCAUUUUCUAUUUGGCAAAGAUUACAGACAAUAAGUGGCUCAACUGAGACAAAGAAGCAGACAAACAAGAUUGAGACGGAAUACAACAUUGGCAGUGUUGCAUCCGAGAUACUGUGGGCGCAUAUAUUUGGAGUAUUAGUAAUGGCGUCUCCUCGAUUUUUUACCUUAAUAGGAUCGCACAUGUUUAGCCUACGUACGGAAGACUCGUUAUUCAUCAGUUUCGCUCUCAUCACAUUUGUCACGUUGUUCUGGCAUGUCUAUCCUAGAUGGUCCAUUACAUACGAGGACGUAUCGCUUGUGUGCGUCAUUGCAUCGAUCGAAUUAGCUACUGCAUUAAUGUGCAUAGCCAUGCACAAUUUUUCGCUAGCAUUACUGAUGGCCGUCAUGUAUGUGCCAAUUAUACUCUUAAUAAUGCCACAUCACCGAUCUGUAUCAAGAUUAUUCCGCAGCUGUCAGUACUUCGCGUGGAUCUUAUUGCAUCCGUUUGUCGCGUCGAUAAUUAUCGUAACGAGCAGCACGUAUUUCAAUUUCUCUAACGAUCCUAUCAGAUCUGUGUUUCUUAGAGCUCACCACGCGCACAAGCAAGCACUCGUAUUCAGUAUCGUUGAUUCCAUGAUAUACGGCAAUUGGUUUUACAACGUUGCUACUACUGUCAUGUUACCAAUCUGGCUGUUAUUUUGGAAUGUUAUGUGUUCUAAAAUUGAAACAUCUUUGUAAUAAAAUCGAUCGCCUAGA